AUGGGUCUGGCUUACAACGUCUAUCUCACCUCCAACAAGAUCUUUGGCUGCAAGCAAUGCAAGACCCAUCUUGCAGACUACAACGACAUCAUCAGCCGGGCCUACCUCUUCAACAACGUAGUCAACAUCACCAUCUCUGAGCCGGUCGAGCGCAGUAUGACCACGGGCCGGCAUAUCGUCCGGGACAUCUCAUGCCGGCAGUGCAAGGAGAUAGUCGGGUGGAAAUACGACAAGGCGUACGAGAGCAGCGAGAAGUACAAGGAAGGCAAAUUCAUUCUCGAAGAGGAGUUGCUUAAUGUUACUGCUGCUAUGUCUACUUACCAGGUACCUAAGUACUAUACUACUACUAGAAAUCUAUCCGUUUCAUUUCAUUUUAUUUCAUUCCAUUCCAUUCCAUUCUCUGCAGGUUUCGGAUCCGAUUCCAUAUUAUUCCUAGGUAAUAGGUGUACAUAUUGUACAGAGUACCGAGGUACCUUGGGUUAG